CGUUUACAAGCCUUAUUGCUGCCAAAAAAACCAGAAGGUUGCUUUCUUCGCCCACAUAGAACGGGAGCCCGAUGAACGCUCGAAAGCUUGCUAAGCUAGUGCAUCAAGGAUGCGUCGAAUUAUCUAGGCCAUGCCGAAGCGCGUGCGCGUUGGCUGCCGAAUCUUUGCUUGACUCAACUCAGCCGUCAACGUCAGCACCAGCAUCCGAACCAGUUACAGGCCAUCGGAUAGCACACCCAGAUGAGCGAGUUCAGCCUUGGCUAAUUUGGCGCCGCUUGCAUCACACCCAUCGUUGCCAAGAUAAGGGCUGCAAGGACCCUAAUCACCAUCAUCACCAUCAGGAAACUCGGCGACCUGCAACUCUUGAAGAGAUGGAGAAGGCCUGCUGGAGUUGCGACAAGUCAUUAAAACGAGGCGGCCUGGUCUGCCAUGGCUGCAAGACCAUCCAGCCGCCGGAUGAAACUCUUAACUACUUCGACCUCUUCGCACUCCCCAGCGGCAAGUUCGACCUGGACCCGCAGCUGCUGGAGCGGCGCUACAAGUCGCUGCAGUGGAACCUCCACCCGGACAAGAUGGGCCACAAGCCGGCGGAGGAGCGGCACUUCUCCGCGCAGCAAGCCUCGCUCAUCAACCUCGCAUACAGCAUCCUCAAGUCGCCGCUGGCCCGGGCGAACUACAUUCUCGCCCUCCGCGGUAUCAGCGCGGGCGACAACUUUGAGGGCACCAUCGACGACCCGGAGCUGCUGAUGGAGGUGCUGGAGGCGCGCGAGGAGGUGGAGGCCACCCACGACCCCGCGCUGCUGGCGCCGCUGCUGCAACGCAACCGGCAGCAGCAGGCGGGGAUCACGGCGGCGCUGGCGGCUGCGUUCCGGGCGGACGACAUGCGGCGUGCGGUGCAGCUGACGCACCAGUUGCAGUACCUGACGCGGCUGGAGCAGGAGAUCGUGAAGAAGCUGCCGCAGCUGUGAGGGGCGGCGGGCGGGGCUGAUGGAGUGAUAGUGAAGAGUGGGAGUAGAGGCUAGCAGGGGUUGAGGCUGGGGUGUGGGGCGGAUGGCUGCCAGGGGGGUGGCGUGCUGGUUUGGCAGGUGGUGCCGGGGGGAAGGGGAUGAAAGGCACUUAACUGAAGGUAGGGAGUGGCUGUGGAUGCUGCCGGAGGUUUGCUGCUGCUGUUCGGUGUUGCUGUUGCAGCAGUAGCGGAUUAGGCGGCGCUGGACUGUGUGCUGUGACGGAUAUUACGGAUGACCGGGUAUGUUAUGGAGAAGAAAAGGAUUCCAGACUGUGAAUGUCGAAGUGAGUUGUGAACUGGGCUAGCAGCCGUGGGCGCUGCAGGCGUUACAGAGGGGGACGCAUAAUGGACGCAUGAUGCAUUGACAUGACGUGUGUGGGUGCAGUGGCGCCCGGACGCCCAAGUAUGCACUGUCUUUCGCAACCGCAUUGUGACUAUCGGCAGUAAAGAGGAG